AGUUCUCCAAGCCAGAGCUCACUGACUAGGACGAUUCUCGCCUCUUCCCCAGCGUCUUCCCCAGACCCCUCAAGUUGGCUGACCUUUUGCUAGCUAGAGAGCAAGAGAGGGGUUGCAGAUAUCUUGAGGGACACGGUGGUAGCAGAAUUUGGGCAUCUAGGAGCUUGUCCCCACUGUGCAAGGUGAGGCUGGAUAGGGCCCCUUGAUUGGGUAUUGUCCCAGCCCACAUCCUUCCCAGUUUCCCCCUAUUUCCAGCAGCCAUAGCUGGCCUGCUGUGAGGGACUGGGCAGCCCACUGGGGCAGAGAAGUGACCCGCCCAGGGCUUGAAUGAACCAAAAUACAAAACCUCUCAAGGCUGCCCGUGGCCUAUGGGCUGAGCUGGAGUUUGAUUUCGCGCCAAACAGAAAUGAACACUAUUAGCGAGGUUUCGGGAGAGUCUGUGAUUGAACGCUCCCAGACAAGGCUUCCCUUUGUUAGCAAAAGAAAAUAAAGCGCGCAUUCACAUUCCCCAAGUUGAGGUGCGUGAGGAGCUCUCGGAGCAGAGCAGGCUCCCGCGGCAAAGCCCCUUCCACCUUCCCAUCUCGCUCCGCCUCGUCCAUUUUCUUCCCCCUUCCCCCUGCCCGCCCCCUAUAUAAAGAAAGAAAAGGAAGAGUGUGGGUGCGGAGAUGGAGUAUGUAUUUAUUUUACAAAAAUAAAUCACCAUCUUCAGGCCAUUUGUAGACGGGAACCUUUCGAGCAAUGAGUGUGCCGCAUGGACGAAUGCCCUGGCGACUCCUCCGUGUCCGCGUCACCCCGGGGGCCACCCUGGCGCCCGGAACGGCCGCGCUUCCAACUCCGGUCCUCCGACUCCCUUCCUUCGCAGCCACCGUUCACCCUCUGCUGUUUAUUUAUCCGCAGAGCGCCCGGACACCGGAAAAGGCGACUCCCUGAGCGCUCCGGAGUUGGAGACAAUUCGGGGUUCAGUCUUAAAUAUCUUUGGAGGUCUGCGCGGGGCAGCCAUUGGCGGCGGAGCGUCACGUGACCGCGGGGGCGUGCCAAUGUGCGCCCUCACGGGAGUCAAGCCCCUGUCAGAGUGUGUGAUCAAGAUCGUGAAACAACGCGAUGCAAAAAGCGACCUACUACGACAGCUCCGCGCUCUACGGUGGCUACCCCUACCAGGCAGCCAACGGGUUCGCUUAUAAUGCCAGCCAGCAGCCAUACUCGGCGUCCGCAGCUCUGGGCGCGGAGGGCGAGUACCACCGACCCGCCUGUUCACUCCAAUCACCCGCCAGCGCUGGGGGCCACCCCAAGGCGCACGAGCUGAGUGAGGCAUGUCUGCACACCUUGAGCGGGCCGCCCAGCCAGCCCCCAGGCCUGGGCGAGUCACCCCUGGCCCCGCCACCGCCCCAGGCUGCGCCCCCUGCCCCUCAGCAGCCUCAACCACCUCAGCAGCCCCCUGCGCCAGCUCCUGCCGCGCCCCCAGCCCCAUCUUCAGUCUCCCCACCUCAGAAUGCCAGCAGCAACCCCACCCCUGCCAGUGCGGCCAAGAGCCCCCUACUCAACUCGCCCACCGUGGCCAAACAGAUCUUCCCCUGGAUGAAGGAGUCUCGGCAGAACACAAAGCAGAAAACCAGCGGCUCCAGCUCAGGGGAGAGCUGCGCAGGCGACAAGAGUCCGCCUGGGCAGGCGUCUUCCAAGCGGGCACGCACGGCCUACACCAGCGCGCAGCUGGUGGAGCUGGAGAAGGAGUUCCACUUCAACCGCUACCUGUGCCGGCCACGCCGCGUGGAGAUGGCCAACCUGCUGAAUCUCACCGAGCGCCAGAUCAAGAUCUGGUUCCAGAAUCGCCGCAUGAAGUACAAGAAGGAUCAGAAGGGCAAGGGCAUGCUGACGUCAUCAGGGGGCCAGUCCCCAAGUCGCAGCCCAGUGCCUCCAGGCGCUGGCGGCUAUCUGAACUCUAUGCAUUCGCUGGUCAACAGUGUCCCCUACGAGCCCCAGUCGCCCCCGCCUUUCUCCAAGCCCCCCCAAGGCACCUAUGGGCUGCCCCCUGCCUCCUACCCCGCACCUCUGCCCAGCUGCGCGCCCCCGCCGCCCCCACAGAAGCGCUACCCAGCUGCAGGGGCAGGCGCAGGGGGCACACCCGACUAUGACCCGCACGGGCAUGGCCUCCAGGGCAACAGCAGCUAUGGGACCCCACACUUACAGGGAAGCCCCGUCUUCGUGGGGGGCAGCUAUGUGGAGCCCAUGAGCAACUCUGGGCCGGCCCUCUUUGGCCUAACUCACCUCCCCCACGCUGCUUCGGCUGCCAUGGACUACGGGGGUGCUGGGCCGCUGGGCAGCGGCCACCAUCAUGGGCCUGGGCCAGGGGAGCCGCACCCCACCUACACGGACCUUACCGCCCACCAUCCUUCUCAGGGAAGAAUUCAGGAAGCCCCCAAGCUCACCCACCUGUGAUGGUGGACUCGGGGCUGCGCGCCAGGAGAGUCCCCCGCCCCCCCACACCUUUCUUCUUCGUUUGCUUUUUUUGUUUUGUCUUAAGGUUCUCUCCCUGCACCUCCCUUUUCUCUCUCUUCCACCCCUUUCCAUCCCCUCCCCCCGUUUUGUUUUCUUUGGUAACGCGUUUUUAUAGUUUAUGUGACGUAGCAAUCUUGGUUGCUGGAAUGGCUGUCAGUAUCAGUAGCGAUAUUUAUCUCCUCCCGACCCAGUUCGGCCGCUGGCCCGCACCCUUUACCUUCUCUACUCUUUGAUCAGAAACAGGGUAUAUGAACAAAUUUUCUAGCCGAGUUCUUCAAUGUGAAUUUGUUCGUACAUUGUGGCUCCCGAGGGGAAGCAAUUACUUUUUUUUUAAUUUUAGUUUUUUUAUUGCACUUCUUGUAAAGAGCGAGAAAAAAAUCAAAGGCGCUUUGAAACAGGGGCUCCCUGUGUGAGGAUGACUAAGUGUACGUCUUUCCGUGUGUGUAUGCUGGUGAACAGUCAGAUUUAUUUAUAUUUUUUUUGCAAGCAUUGAAUAAUCUAAGUUUUAAAUAUUAUUUAUCCCCAUCCGUUCGUAUUUAUAUUAAAGAAAUUCUGUACCCUGGUUGUUCAGAAGGUUUCUUGGGCCUUUUGUUCAAUGGUGUAUUGGCGUACAUAGGAAAUUUUUUAUUUGAAAGGGAAAUGUAAUUUCUUUAUUAAAAAAAAAAGGUAAUGAUGCAAUAAUACCAGAGAGGAUCCAGCUUUCGAAAACAGUGAUUUAAGUUUGUAACAUCCGGCGAAACUGAAGAGAACAAUCUGUAAACGCGAAAAAUGCUAGAUUUGUUUGGAGAGUUCUACAUUCCUUGCUGCUCACACUCUGAGAAACAAAACAAAAAAAUAAAUAAAAGUUUUUAUUCUGAAUAAUAUCCGCGUUCGGAAGGGGUUCUUUGGCCGAAGAUGGGGUUCCUCGUGGAACCGAGGCGGAGGCGACGGCCAGGCAGGCCGAGGCCUCCCUGCAGCUCGGCGGGGGCCUGGCGGGGCCUGGCCCGGGAGCCCGGCGAACGCUAGGGCGGCUGCAGCCGCGGAGACGCCGGCGACGCCGAGGGCCAGCCCGCUGCGCUGCCUGGUUCCCAGCUGCCGCGGAGCCCGGGGCGGGCGCGGGGGCUGCGGAGAGGCGAGUGCGGGAGAAACAAAGGCAGCCGACCCGGCGCGGCGGGGGGCGCACAGGUGUCGGGCAGCCCCGCCAGGGACCAGGCGGGCUGCCUUCCUGUCCCCGACCAUCCUCCGGCCAGAGCGGACCAGCCAACGCCUUAACCUGGGAAAUCGCCAGCCGCAGAGGGUGUCGAGCACUUUCGGGGAGCAACCGGACUCUCCGCGGAUGCUUCGCGGUCCUUUAUCCGGCGGAGGGAGAAAAGAAGCGCUUCUAAAAUGGCCAUGGGGAGCGAGGCGGCUCGGAAGAGACUGAGAGGCUCACCCAGUCUCCAUCACCAGAAGGGCUGGGCCCUUCCCUGGACUCCUGCAGCCCCAGCAUCGGCUUCCUCUCGGAAUUAAGGAUUUGGCAUUCCCUGGAUUUAUUUCCUCUCCUUCUUCCCUCCUCGCUUUUUUUUUUCUGGCCUCAGGGGGAGGGGGGAGAGAGAAAGGAGAUUAAUAUCUUUCUAAUAAAAAUGCAUUUUUAAAAGAACUUCUUUCAUUUGAUGCUACAGGAGCUAAGCAUUACAUUUCUAUUCCUGGGCUGCCUACUGGCUGGCUGGAAAGGCAGAGACAAGCGCAGGAAAGGGAAGCGUUUUCAUCUUCAGAUUAAAGAAUUGCUCAGAGAAGGAACCAAAUUCAGAAAGUGCAAACCUCAGAACUGCAUCCCCAUCAGCAUCCCACCUCCAAGCUGGAAGCCAGGAACCACCUGCGUCUGGGGAUCAGGAGCAUCUGCUGUGAGAAAUAAAUCCCCCUUCUCGUUGGAUUCUAUGUUUCUGAGGCAGAGGUGGGAGGUGUCGCCAUUUUGUUUGCAUCCAAAAUAUCCAUCUUCUGGCCUCUAUCUCCCCCUCAGAAGCUCACUCAGAUGGUCCGUAGAAUCAGGCACUGGAGCCAUGGCUGGGCCUGCAGGAGCUGCUUUUAGGAAACCGCCUCACGGUUUUUUAAGAAAAAGAAAAGGGUUCGGAAGAUGCAAACCUGGGCAGCUGUAAAGAUCUGGUUGUUUCUCUCACAGCCAGAGGUGCUUUCCCCACAUCUGUCCUGAGGUGCUUUCUAAAGAGUUUAUGGAAGAAGUGGAUUAGCACCCACCUCACACCGACCUCCCUGCUGAAAUAUGGCAAAUCUCAGAAACAUGGAGGCUGGAAAAGCAGUCUUUGUGAGGACUGGAGCUGCCGCCCUUCUGGUUGUUCAUAUCUAAGCUAAGCGGGAUGAACAGCUGCAAGAGUCCUCUUUUAAAUAAUAAUUUAAGAGAAGUGCAUACAAUUAAAAUUACCUGGGAAAAUAAGGAACAGUGUGGAGAGGAGAUGGGGAGGGAGAAGGAGAGGAAGAGAGAGAGCAAGAGUGAGAGAGAGAGAGAGAGAGAUCCUCAGAGAGGAAUAGUGUUCUGAGAUACCACCAUUGGAACCCAUUUCUAAAAUCUACUCUUUAGCUGAGGGAGGACUGGUUUGGAGGCUUCCUCCUCCCUCCAGGGCAGAGAUUUUUAAAUGAGUCUCCAAUAUGAUUUUCCACAUCUUGCCAGAGACAUUCAUUGUGGCUUUCAAAGAAAAAAUAUCGAUCUCACCCUUAGCUUCCUAGAUAUUAAAAAGAAAUCCUUAUUAAAAUAUCUCCUGAGUUAAAGUAAUAGAUUUGGAGAAGAUUCUUGUGUUGAAUGGCCAGAGAAAAGGGUUUUCUUCCAGAUGGUAUUUGAAUUAAGGCCGCUGAGGCAGCAGAAACCUCUCACCCACGCAGCCCCUGACAAAGCCUCGGUGAUGUGGGAGCAGCUACGCUCCCUCUUGGAGCUCCCCCUCCCCUUAAGUCCUCAAUAUUUUCUGGUAAAAGCAAAUGCCAAAAGCUGCCACCCCAGAGUCCGAAAAGCACUUUCCUAAAAGCAGCCUUAUAACUCCUUCCGCUGCCAAAAAAUAUCUUUUAAAAGACUAGUUUUCCUUGUUUACUUGCGUUUCCUGCUCUCCUCUUUGCUGGGCCACAUUUGAUCUUGGAAAGAGCUCGAAGCUGAAAUGUGUUCUUAAGGGCCAGAAGCUGUCAAGGCUUUUGGUGAGCAAGAUUGAUCGCACCCAGACUUCCUUCAGAGCUUUGUUUGGAAUAAAAGCAAGAAAACUGAAAAACCUCACAUUUUCCAACAUAGCAACUCUAUCUGUAAGGCAAUGCUCUGGGCUAGUCAACGAUGGAGGGCACUUUAUAUCAAUUUCCAACCCAAACCCCCUUUGAUGCGGCCUCAGAGAUGGAAUCCUCUCCCUGCGCCUCGCUCGGCCCUGCUUGUUUCCUACAUCGAGUUUUCUCUCCCGCCAACCUCUCUCUCCCCAGCCAUCAGAAUGAUUUAUUUUCCUGCCACUGGUGCCUGCUGGCCUGGGGGAGCCUGAUCACUGGGUCCAUUUCAAAGGAAGCGAAGGCGAAUCCUCCUCCUCAGGGUUUGGGGGAAAAGAGAUACCCUCCAGUUUCUCUCAGCCUCCUCCCUUCUUUCUGGCUUGGUGGAUUUCUAAAAAGUUAUUGUUUGGUACCUAAGGGUGUUGUCUUUUGAACCCUCCAGCACAGUCCAAGAUACGCUCAGUCUCACAUCUCCGAAUUGGGGGGUGGGGGGGGAGAGAGAAUGAACAGAGAAAGAGAACCUGUAUAAUUCUUCCUUGGGUCGCCCUGUCUCACCUGCGGUGCUGUUUCCCACAACAGAGCCCGAGUGCAAACAUCCCUGGUGGCCAAGGAGUGGGAGACAAUUCGGGCUGCUAGAGCACUCACUGCUUCUGAACCAACAAGCUCCCAAUCAGAGCGCCAAGGAGACGAAGGGAAGGAGAAGAAAGGAAAGAAAGAAAGAAAGAAAGAAAGAAAGAAAGAAAGAAAGAAAGAAAGAAAGAAAGAAAGAAAGAAAGAAAGAAAAGGAACAAUCACCUUCUCCCUCGCUGCUGCUAACUUCCCACAGACUUCCUGGAAAUACUCACCGCGCCCGAGCCCUAUGGGUAUGAAACCCAGAAUGCCAGGAGCCGCACACCACUGCGCUGCUCUGCGCUGCUCUGCGCUGCUCGGGGCAGCAUUUCCUUGGCUGGCCGCCGCCCUGGCUACAGGGAUUUGAACACAUGGACCUGGGGUUGUUGUCUCGCUUGGCACAUGCAUCUAUCUCUCGAGCCACUCCUGAAAAGUUGAUGGCGCAGGAAGCUCGGAGAGCAGGCUCGCGUUUUCCGCUUCCCCUGGAGCCAGACGCAAAGCUGCCGCGGAAAAGCCAGCUAACAAUGGGCCGGGUCGGGUCUGGGGGCGCGGGACUCCGAGCUGGGCUUUUGGAGGGGGGCGAGGGCCUGCGAGGGUGG